CUGCUCUCGCGCCGUCUCCACGUCGUCUGCUCUUAUCUUACCGUUUAUUUGUGUCUAUUGUUUGGUCAGAAACAUCAAGUUGAGGUUGAAACCGAGGUGAAUAUGCACGGUAUGUGAUUCAAGCACGCGGAACGAACGUGGAACGGACUGACGGAUUGACAGAUUGACGAAAAAAUGUUGCUGUACACGUUAAUUGGCGGCUACAUGCUUACUUCGGUGCUGCUGUUCAAGUAUCCCACCCUGCUACACAAGAAAAAAAGGGUGAAGUUUUUGUGCCAGCACAUCAGCCACCGGGGCGGAGCGGGCGAGAGCUAUGAGAACACGAUGUGCGCAUUUAGACGAGCAGUGGCUAUUGGAACUCAAAUGUUGGAGUUAGAUUGUCAUCUUACAAGAGAUGGCGAAGUAGUAGUUUCUCACGAUCACAAUCUUUUACGCAGCACUGGUGUAGAUAAAAAUAUUUCUGAAUUGGAUUACAAAGAUUUACCACUCUUAAAGCAACGUUUACCAAUUGAUUUUGAGCCAGAUGUCGAGUAUGUUGGUUCUGCGAGGGAAGAAGAUCGACGAUUUGCCUUGCUACGAGAGGUCUUUGAGGCAUUUCCCACUCUUCCUAUUAAUAUCGAUAUUAAAGUCAAUGAUGAUCGACUUAUAUCAAAAGUUUCUGACCUUAUAAAACAAUACAAUAGAGAGGAAUAUACAGUUUGGGGAAACUUUAGUGAUGAGGUCACACAGAAAUGUUAUAAAAUGAAUCCAAAUGUGAACCUACUUUUUUCAAUGCAACGUGUGACAAUAUUGGUAUUUCUCAUGUAUACUGGCUUGUUGCCAUUUGUACCACUAAAGGAAACACAUCUCGAAAUUUUCUUACCUUCAAUCUAUUUGCGACGCAAAGGCGGGCCUAGUCCAACAUUUUUACCACUGGAAAAAUUUGUCGUACGUACAAUUAAUGUACUGUUAAUGCGGCCAUGCUUAUUUAAUCAUCUAAGAGCACGAGGCAUACAUGUUUACUUUUGGGUUUUGAACAAAGAUGAAGAAUUUAAAAAAGCAUUUGAAUUAGGAGCAACUGGUGUUAUGACAGAUUACCCAACAAAAUUAAAGUUAUUUUUAAAAAAUCAUGCAAUGGAUUGAAUGGUUACAUUUUUAAAGAGUAUACACCAAAUAACUCAAAAUGUUGAGAAAAUUCGCAAAAUUAUUUAUGUUUGUAAAGAGAUAUCUACCACAUAAUAUGUGAAGAUAUGAGCUAUUAUAUGAAAAAAACAAAGUAGUAUAUUUUUUAUAAGCAAAGCAGAACUAUUUGCUUAUGUUCUGUAUAUAAAUGCCAAUUCGAUAAAUUUUGUCAGAAUUAUGACAGCUCAUACAAAUCGAUUCAUUAGCAAAAUUAUAUAUACAAUAUAUUGCACACACUGUAGUUUACUGUACAUUAAUCGUGCAAGCGUUCACUCGCGGAAUAAGAUUGCUCUGGCCUCAUAAAUCUCUAAUUCAUUAGUCUUUCUUCAUUUUUCUUGUCAAAGCAUAAUGAGGGUUUCUUUUUGUUUUUAUUGAAUUAUUAAUUUAUAAUAGUCUAAUACAUUAAGAUUCUAAUACAUUAAGUAUUGAUAAUUAUCAGAUAAUUAUAAUUAUACAUUAAUCAAUAUUACCAAUUAUUUUGCGCACAUGAGGAGCAUGAUUAAAUGAUAGUCAGUCUGCAAAUAAUAA